CUCCUCGUAACGUCUUAUUAUUGUGAAAAGUGGAACCGGAAACCGAUAUGUUUUCCUGGUUUAAUCUACAUUAUUUUUUCUUUUUAGCUUGGUUGACUUUAUUUGAGCCUGUGUAACUACAGCGGGGUUGCAAAGGAGCCUCUUCUCCUUAUCACUUCUUUAAGUUAUGAUGAGGAAAGAGUGAGAAGGAAGCCCCGGCGGUCCUCUACACACUUCUCCAUGGAGUCCAACAACGAUGAAGCACUUGACAUUAUUGUUACAAAUGUGGUGGCAACUUUCAGGACCAGGUGUCACCUCAACCUGCGCAAAAUUGCUUUAGAAGGAAUCAAUGUGAUCUAUAAGCCUGAAGUAGGGAAAGUGCUGAUGAAACUCCGGAAACCCACGAUAACCGCUUCAAUUUGGUCCUCAGGGAAAAUCAUCUGUACUGGAGCAACAAGUGAGGAAGAGGCAAAGCUGGGUGCUCGCAGGUUAGCUCGCUGUCUGCAGAAACUUGGCUUUAAGGUCAGGUUUUCGGCUUUCAGAGUUGUGAACGUGCUCGCAGUGUGCUCCAUGCCGUUUGCAGUACAUCUUAUAGACUUCACAAAGAACAACCGACCCAUUGCCAGUUAUGAACCUGAGCUCCAUCCUGCUGCUACGUAUCGAAUAAAAAAUCUGAAGGCUACAGUCCAAGUGUUUUCUACUGGAAGCCUCACAGUAACAGGACCAAAUGUGCAGAACGUUGCAUCUGCUGUGGAGCACAUCUACCCACUACUAUACGAGUGUCAGAAGCCCCGCUGCAAAUAACGGAAAACUGCGGAAGAGACCCGAGGGAAUCCAUGCGAGAACAUGAAAAUGAUCAGGAAGCACCUUAUCCUUGGGUAGAUGCUGCAGCAGCAAGAAGUAUCGAAACCACCUGAGAGGCUGGACUUGAAUCUCAAAAUCCUAUUUACCGCCUGUUGGAGUUGGAAAGAAGAUGGUUGCUUUGUGUGUCUUUUUGCAUGGACACAGAAAACCCCUCGACAAUGUUGAAGAGGUCAUCUUCAGCCGUAUAUAUAUAUAUAUAUAAGUCCUCCUUUUGUGUUUUCUUAAUAAUAAUCUCCGUCCAUUGGUAGACAUGGAUGAGAUAUCCACCCCAUAUUGUACCAUUUUUUUAAGCUUACAAAUUCAAUUUGGAAUGUAUACAAAUUUAGAUGAGAUCCCAAAAAUGCAUCCAUCUUGAUUUUGGUUUUCCUUUUAAUGUUUGAUUAUCUGCCUUUUAUUCAAAAUGAUCAGACAUUACUUUGUGUCCUUUCCUCAUAGUUUUACUCUUUUGUUAAACUUGUAUAUAUUUAUUCUCAUAUGAUGGAUAGUGUACUAGUGUAAACUAUCUCCUACAUGUUUUUAAAUGUGAAUUUUAUUGCAGGUUUUCACAAUACUUGAGUGUUUCGGAAACUGAUUCGAUUUCACUUGUUUCAUUGACAUUCAAAGCCAUCUUUUUAUUGUCCAAAAAAUAAAGACGUCAUCAGAAGGCUUGCAGUAGCAGUUGAUGUAAAAACAUUGUAGUAAAAUAAGCAGCCACCCCAUGGAGAGUUGCUUGGAAGCAGUAAUACUGGUCAGAAAGGUGUAAUACAUUCAUUAUAGAGUUAUUACAAUGAAAUACAUACAGGCAGCACUGAAACAGCAUGAUAAAUAAACCCUACAGACAGAAAACAAUGUUUUCAAGGUUGCAUAACAGCUGAGUCCUCUGUUUAAGCUUUGCAUCACUGAGGCAACUUGUACUGUAUGUGAAUAAUGUAGGCAUCUCCUGCUAAAGAUGUUGAGACAUAACUUGCUUUUUAUGUGUGACUGAGUACUUUCUGAAUCAGUGGCAAGUAAAAAUUUGUGACACUUGAACUUUUGUAUUCGGUAUAAAAAUAAAAGGCCAUUAAACAAC